AUGGCCGCUUCUAUCGCCGCGCUCCCCACGGUCUCCUCGCUGGUGGACUGUACGGACCUCACCGUAACAGUAUAUCCAUACCUCCGCCAACUAACGCCCGCACACGUGCUGCCGCUCCUGCGCGGCGAGAUCGCACCGACGCAAUGGUACCUCGCCACAAACCCAGUCAUAAGCGCCGCGCUCUUCGCGCUCGCCGUCUCCCUCGUCGUUCUCGUUGCCGGCGAGAUCACCCGCAACUGUAGCCAGGUCGACCGCCUGUGGAGUCUCCUCCCCGUCGUUUACGCGGGGCACUACGCGGCGUGGACACACCUCCACGGGAUCCCAUCGGAACGCGUGGAUACGCUUGCUACGUUCAUCGGAUUGUGGGGUGCCCGCCUCACGUUCAACUACUGGCGCAAAGGCGGCUACCAAUACGGCCACGAAGACUACCGCUGGGAGGUCCUCCGUGCUAAGAUCCCGGCGGCACUCUUCCCGGUGUUUAACCUGGGCUUCAUCUCGCUAUUCCAGAGCUUCACGCUGAUGGCGAUCACCUGUCCGCUGUACAUCAUGCUGCUAUACUCGCAGCUCCCCGAGAGCGCCACCACCGACAUCGUCGACACGAUUUUCUCGCGCGGGCUCGUCAUCGUCCUGUGCAUCGAGGCGCUGGCCGACCAGCAGCAGUGGUCGUACCAGCAGGCGAAAAAGAGCUACAAGGAGACGGGCGCGGUUGCCGAGGGGUUCGCGAAGGAGGACCUCGACCGCGGGUUCGUGGUCACUGGAUUGUGGGCGCUCUCGAGACAUCCGAAUUUUGCGUGUGAGCAGGCGAUCUGGCUGGGCGUGUACCAGUGGGCUUGCCUCAAGACUGAUACCAUGUACAAUUGGAGCGGCCUGGGCGUUAUGGCGUAUUGUGCCAUUUUCUUGGGGAGCACUAUCUUCACCGAGAGCAUCACCGCGGCGAAGUAUCCCGACUACAAGGAGUACCAGCUGCUGGUUAAUAAGGUGGUUCCAGGGUUGGGUGCGCUCAUGGGACAUGAGCUGGAGGUUAAGGGAGCGAAGAAGGAUUAG